UCACCUUCAAACUUAAGUCCUUAUUGCUAAUUGAGUUGUCGUACCACCAUGAUCCUUCAAACUAUAAAAGCUUUCAUUCUGAACAAUCACAUUCACAUACACCAUAAUAUAUUAAUCAGUUAGUCAGAGACUCAAAUAUAUUUUGAAUCAUAUUCAUAUGUGACCUUGCAAUAAAGUCGUUCUUGUUCUUUCAAACCAGAGCUUGGGAGCCUAACUAGGACCUGAGAUAACCAUGAAGAAAGGAUGCUUAGGCCCCAGUCUGAAACUCAAAAUUCCUGCAUCUACUCAGGCUUCUUUUGCCAAAUACCUGACUCAAAGCGGAACGUUUAAGGAUGGGAAUCUGCUUGUCAACAAGGAUGGCGUUCAAAUUGUUCCUCAGAGUGAAGUAGAAGCUCGACCCCCAAUCAGGGCGCUAGACAACCAGUUAAAUUUGGCAGACUUUGAUAGAAUCAAAGUGAUUGGAAAGGGAAAUGGCGGGAUAGUGCAGUUGGUGCAACACAAAUGGACUAAUCAGUUUUUUGCUUUAAAGCAAAUUCAAAUGAAGAUUGAAGAGUCUAUGAGCAGGCAGAUAGCUCAAGAGCUAAAAAUCAAUCAGUCAUCACAGUGUCCUUAUGUUGUUGUCUGCUACCAAUCCUUCUAUGUGAAUGGUGUCAUUUCAAUCAUCUUUGAGUACAUGGACGGAGGGUCUUUAGAUGAUCUUCUGAACAAUGUUAAAACGAUUCCAGAACCAUAUCUUGCUUCCAUCUGCAAGCAGGUACUGAAGGGUUUAAUGUAUCUUCACCAUGAAAAGCAUAUUAUCCACAGGGACUUGAAACCUUCUAAUCUGCUCAUUAAUCAUAGAGGGGAGGUAAAAAUUACAGACUUUGGUGUGAGUGCAAUCAUGGAAACUACAUCUGGCCAAGCAAAUACUUUCAUUGGCACAUAUGUCUAUAUGUCUCCAGAGAGAAUCAAUGGAAGCCAGGAUGGCUACAACUACAAAAGUGAUAUAUGGAGCUUGGGACUGAUGUUUCUCAGGUGCGCUACGGGGAUGUUUCCGUAUACACCACCCGAUCAAAGUGAAGGGUGGGAGAAUAUAUACCAGCUUAUUGAAGCCAUUGUCGAAAAUCCUUCACCUAGCGUUUCAUCUGAUGAGUUUUCUUCAGAAUUUUGCUCAUUUAUUGCAGCAUGUUUACAGAAAAAUCCAAAGGAUCGACCAUCGGCUCCAGAACUUAUGAGACAUCCUUUUAUCAACAUGUAUGACGACUUGGCUGUGGACCUUUCAGCUUAUUUCUCCAAUGCAGGACCUACAUUUGCAACCAUAUAAAACUUGCUAGGGUCACCAGUUGCGUGUGACCUUGCAGAAUUUUAUUGUUGAGUGAUUGGAGGUGAAGAAAUUGUUCAGACACUUUGCUUGAAUGCGUGAGAUUGCAAUGAUCGGCUGUUCACGGAGAAAUUUUUUCUUAGAGAUUAAGCAUCAGGAUUGUACCAACAACAUGAAUUUGAACUUUAUUAGCUUUGUGCUGUUCAUCUAAUGCUGAUGGAUUUGUGGUUGAGUAGUUUGUAUUAGACCAUAACUUUAUUACCGUCAUUGUAUUAAAAAAUAUACAGAUAAUAAUACAAACUUAUAGUCAGCAGAGGUA